AUGGAAGAUGUUUGGGAGCUUUCGGCGGAGGGAUGCUAUGUUGCCCUCACGCACGAUUCGUUAGAUGCCAAGGCUAUGAUGGAUAAAGUUAGGAGUCCAGCGGCCGGCGCUAUCGUGGUAUUUGCUGGCACGACAAGGGAUAACUUUGCCGGGAAGCCCGUCAAAGAGCUUAAAUACUCUGCUUACCACAAGCUCGCUCUCCAGACGAUGAUGACCAUAGCAAAAGCCGUCACGGCUAAGCAUUCGCUGAAAGGAUUUGCAAUGGUCCAUCGCCUCGGCGUGGUCGGCAUCGGUGAGGAAAGCAUUCUCAUCGCCGUCUCCUCGCCCCAUCGUCAGGCAGCCUGGAAGGCCGGGGAAGAGGCGCUCGAGGAAUGCAAAUCAAGGGUGGAGAUAUGGAAACUUGAAGAGUUUCACGAUGAGGAGGAAUUUGGCGGGCGAACCGCGAUGGCAUCAUGGGCCAGCGAGUGGAGGAGCCCUGAGCCCGCCAGGCUACAGGUAGCGCCGAGCGCUGGUAUUCAGCAACGAAAAACGAAACACACGCACGAGCAAGCAACCGAGACCCAACGCAGCGGGUGUCCGCCUGUUUCCUGCUACAGUCUCCGCGGAGAUGGUGAUGUCGUCAGCUCUUGCCGCGAUCGGACCACCCACCAUGUCCAGACUCGCCGCCAUCCAGCAGGAGCUGGACGCUCCGAGCGACGGCAUCCCCUCAAAGCAGCCAAGAACCACGUCCACGCGACGUGGGCGCGCACCUUCUCCUCCGUCCCGGAGCUCUACUUCCAACCCGAGACGGUCGAGCAGGUCCAGAAGCUCCUGCGCCUCGCCCACCAAGCCCGCCGCCGCGUCGUCGUGACCGGGUCCGGCCACUCGCCCUCGCACCUCACCUGCACGUCGCACUGGCUCGUCAACCUCGACAAGCUGUGCGCCAUCCUCGAAACCGACAGCGCGACGCACCGCGUCACCGUCGAGGCCGGCAUCCGCCUCCGCGACCUCGGCGACGAGCUCGAGAAGCGCGGCCUCGACAUGCAGAACCUGGGCAGCAUCAACGAGCAGUCCGUCGCCGGCGUCAUCUCCACCGGCACCCACGGGAGCAGCUUGCGUCACGGCCUCGUAGUGCUCCCCGCCGCCAACGACGAGCUCUUCCGCGCCGGCCUCAUCUCCCUCGGCGCCCUCGGCAUCAUCGUCGAGGUCACCUACCAAGCGAUCCCUUCCUUCAGCCUGCGCUGGUCCCAGUCCAUCGACACCGACCAAAAGCUCUUCGCCUCCUGGAGCCGCGAGUGGUGGGCGCAAAAAGAAUUCAUCCGCGUCUGGUGGCUCCCCCAUACCCGCCGCGCCGUCACCUGGUCCGCCGACAGGACCGAGGAGCCCACGCGUGAACCCCGCGUCAGCUACUACGACGGCGCCCUCGGCUACCACAUCUACCACAACCUGCUCUACGUCGGUCACUUCUUCCCCCGCAUCCUCCCCUGGGUCGAGUGGUUCGUCUUCGGCAUGCAGUACGGCUUCAAGAACGGCACCUCUAGCUCCGCCGUUCAGCCUAGCCGCAAGGCCCUGCUUCUCAACUGCCUCUACUCCCACUCCUGGCUCAACCACCUCGCCCCCGACCACCCCGACUACUGGGAACCCAAUAUCCCCUUCUCCGCCCGGGGCAUCUACAUUCACGCGCCCCUCGAGGUCCGCGUCACCAACUCCGUCCCCGCCACCCCCGAGGCCCUCGCCGCCCGCCCUCUGCUCGACUCCUCCAUGUCCGACGGUCCCACCCUCUAUCUCAACGCCACCCUCUACAGGCCUUACCAUACCAACCCUUCCGUCAUGCACCGCUACUACGAGGCCUUUGAGUGGCUCAUGCGCGAUCUCGGCGGCCGCCCCCACUGGGCCAAGAACUUCCUUUCCGACACCGCCGCCAUCGAAACCAUGUACGGCGACAACCUCACCAGAUGGCGCAAGGUCAGGGACGAAGUCGAUCCCGAGGGCCUCUUCGUCGGCCCCUGGCACCGCGAAAAGGUCCUCCGGGGCCCCGUCCUGCCCCUCGAGGAGCGUAGGGGCGACACCACCGAGACCAAGGACCGGACCGGUGCUACGAGGGUUGUCUUUAGUGUGCCUGAGUAG